AUGCCAGAAUAUGAAUGCACUACGUUUGAUCCCUACUGUUUGAAGGACCGACCACUCCGAAUUGAUCAUCUGCACAUCGAAUUGCCCUCAGUUUUGAAAAAGCGACUGGUUCUGGGCGAGCUGGAUUCGUCAGUGAUCAAACGCGGUACCGUGAAUGUUGAACUACUGGAACACUAUGCUUACGACACACGCACAAAGCGGCACAUAUCUGUAAAGAAUUCUUUGAAAUUAGCUGUGAAAGCUUCCGAUAGAAGAACGGUGGAAUUGCUAUUGGUGAGACCGAUUGAACCACCAGCGGACAUAUUCGUCUCCGUCCGCCUAUCUGAAAUGAUUGGACAGAGAAGCAAAGUCCGAUCCAACACAAGAUUUUAUCUCUACGCAACUGAAAAUAACACCUUAAAUUCAACCUCUAUCAGCAACGACAUUGAUGAGUGGAGGAGCAAGAAAUGA